UUGACGUUCCGAUCUGAUGGCGUUACCGGAGCGGAGUCGCGAUGCUUUCGUGUUCGCUCAUUUUGUAUUUACGCUAAAAAUCGUCAUUAAUUUACAAAUUAAUGCUCCUAAACAGUUUUAAUCGAUAGAAAAACAGUGGUGGACGGUGUCAUAAAACGUUGAUUAGUGUAAAGCAAGUGUUAGUCGUCCAGCCUUCCGCUCCAAGCGCGUCUUUCGAGGGAGGCCUCAUCACGUCAACAAUCCCUGGAGGAUAGGCAUCGAUGGAUUCGGACGAGAGUGGCUCGAAGGGAAAAGGUCGCGGCCGAGGUCGAGGAUCUCGCGGAGGUGCCCGCGGUAGAGGUCGUGGCCGUGGCCGAGGCCGGGGAAAGAAAGCAUCCCGUGUGAUAUCGUCCGACGAGGAGGAGGAAGUCGGCUCGCCAGAUCCGGAAAAGGACAUUGAGGAGCCGGCGGAGAUUGCUUCACCCGCGAAAGGCGGGACAUCGCAGGUCGAAUCGGAAACGAUCAAGGAACCCUCGGUUGAGAAGGAUGUGGGUAUGGACGAGCCUAGCACGGUGAGUGGACCGAUUGUGAUUGAUAUGGAGGCGGAUAUUUCACAGUUGGAGGCUCCAACGUUCACGACCAUUUCGCGGGGUCCACCGGAACCGAUGUUAAGAUUAAAUUGGGAUCACAAAGUGAACCUAAUUGGCGAGAAGGUGCUCAAUCCGAUGAUCUACAUCUGCGAUCAAUGCGACAAGCCGAUCCUGAUCUACGGUCGGAUGAUACCUUGUAAGCAUGUGUUCUGCUUGAAAUGCGCUCGAUCCGAGAACCUUAAGAUCUGUCCCCGUUGUAAGGAGAAAGCCGUCCGGGUGGAACAGACCGGGUUGGGAACCGUUUUCAUGUGUACCCACGGGGGAACCCGCUAUGGUAGCACCGGUUGCCGUCGGACGUAUCUUUCCCAGCGGGAUCUGCAGGCGCACAUAAACCAUCGGCAUGUGACCAAUCCGCCCCAGCCGGUACCUCCGCCGGUUGUACCGCAGGCGCCGCAACCACAGCAGAUUAUUGAUGCGAAAAACGUUGGCGUGACCAAUUCUCCCGUUCGGAAGAACUCUUGCGAACAGAUGAAUUCCCCGAGGGCGACCACCGGAGGACAGGGUCCUUUGCCGCUGAACUAUGUUACCGGCGGUUAUGGUUCGUCGUCUAGUGCAACUCAGUUGAUUCACAACAUGUCCAUCAGUCCACAAACUGCGCAUCUGUCCGGUCGAUCGAACUACACUCAACAAUCAUCGCCACAGCAAUCGACCGGUUCGUCAUCGGGCUGGGGACAACAAUCGUCGCAAUACUACCGAUAGGUUUGUCCCACACACACACAUACAAGCUGGAGAUCCCCAGAAAUGGCGUUUCUUUCAAGACGAACGCAUCGCAGUAGAAUCAACCAACAAUCAUUUCUCCGAUUAUUUAUAAACUAAGAAUAAUGACAUUGCCGUAAAUAAACAUUUUAGAUAAUCUAAUCUAA